AUCACGCAGCGCCGCAGUGACGUCACAGCCGUCCCGCUGUGGUUCUCCAGGUGUCCGGUCUGGUUCCAGGUGAGCUGCUGACGCAGACAUGUACUACAGAGUGAACGGAGUGACGCAGCGGCUCACCGGAGCUCCAGCCGCCGUCUACCGGCCGCAGGGUCUGCGUCCAGGCGUCCCACCUGUUGGUCCUCCCGUCAUCUUUGCGUCUCCGACCAAACUGGUGUCUGAAACAGGAAGUCAGGUGGAGUACCUGGGAGCCAAUAAGGUCCCGGAUCUGCAGAGACUGUUCCAGAGGUCAGACGGCGUGCCGAUCCACCUGAAGAGGGGGCUGAUGGAUAAGCUGCUCUAUCGGACCACCAUGGGUCUGACUGUGGGGGGGGCGCUCUACUGCCUGAUGGCGCUCUACAUCGCCGCCCAGCCCGGCAACAAGUGAUGCUCCACUCUGAUUGGACGAGACCCUAUGUACAGAAAUCAUUUAGUCUGGAGAAUACAUUGUAAUAAAGUAUAUUUUGUUGUAAAAGAA